UCCUGGUUGGUAGGAAACCAGGAAGUAAAUAACAACUCGGUUCUCCGACAUAUUUUCGUGGCACUAGUUAUCAGCUUUUACUGUGAAGCGCAUUGACACGUCGUACAUCUACACAAAAAGAAAUAGUCGCCAAGCAGUAAUAAUGGCUUUUUUUAAGAAAAAAACUGUUGAUGACGUCAUCAAAGAACAGACCAAAGAGCUGAAAGGAACUCAAAGACAGAUCACCAGAGACAGAUCUGCCCUGGAGAAACAAGAAAAACAACUGGAGAUGGAGAUCAAGAAGAUGGCUCGAACAGGAAACAAGGAAGCAUGCACCAUCCUGGCCAAGCAGCUGAUCCAGCUGAGGAAGCAGAAGAACAGGACGUACGCUGUCAGUUCAAAGGUCACUUCCAUGUCCACUCAGACCAAGUUGAUGCACUCCCAGAUGAAAAUGGCAGGAGCUAUGGCUACCACCACCAAAACUAUGCAGGCAGUGAAUAAGAAGAUGGACCCUCAGAAAACACUACAGACGAUGCAGAACUUCCAGAAGGAAAACAUGAAGAUGGAGAUGACAGAGGAAAUGAUGAACGACACUUUGGACGAUCUAUUUGACGAGUCUGGGGAUGAGGAGGAGUCUGAGGGAAUAGUCAGUCAGGUCCUGGAUGAGAUUGGCAUUGAAAUUUCAGGAAAGAUGGUGAGCGCACCCUCGGCCAGCAGAAAUCUCCCAAGUGCUUCUACCUCAAAAUCAGCCGGCAUCUCUGAUGAAGAGAUUGAAAGGCAGCUCAAAGCGCUUGGAGUGGACUAAAAAACACACGCUUAGUUACACACACACAUACAGUCACAGACACAUACCUUCAUGCUAUACAUACACACACUCAGUGCCUGGAUACAUGCACUACACAAACAGCAAGUCUCAUGUUCAGCAUGUAACCACCAACACUUCAAGCACACACACAAUGUUCCCCUUGUUGAGUUUCUCACUCUGACUUGCCUUCUCUGGGAUAACAGUAGUGCCAAUAAAGGCACGUACCAUUUCAUUUUGUUUUAAUCUUCAUGCUAUGGAAGAGAGAACCGGUUUAUUCAUUCGUUUUUUUGUUUAAAGUAAAGCUAAUAUCAGGUUCAGUGAAAAUACUUCACUAAAAAGGCUUUUAAAUCCAGUACCAAUGUAAUCACUGUUAAGAAAACAGGUCCAGCAUGAACCUUUUCAUUUAGGUAGGGGUGGGGUCUUUUUUCGGCUAUUUAUCACAAUGCUACCUUCACAAGUAAGACUCCUGUCCUUCACAUUGGUCACUUGAGGAAUAAUAUGUGGGCUGGAUGCAUUGGAGUGGUUCAGGUGGAAUUUUGGAAAUGGUGGGGUUAGUCCAAAGUAGGAAUGCAAUUAGAUGGUAUAGGCCUACUGGUGUUGGUGUAUACUCUUGUGUAGAGAUGCGUAAUUUUCUGCCACGCUGGUGUUGCGAUUUUAAAGGAAGAAUUUUGCAUGUGUGUGCAACACACUGGUUGUUGAACCUCAUAGAGUUGCUGCUCUGUGUUCUGAAGCCCUGUAUAACUUUGAGCUGGCACAUGUACCCAGUAAAUCAAACCCAUCCCUGUCCCAGGCUAACCCCUGUGGAAAUAUGAGAAGGUACGCUGUAAGCAAUAUGGUGUCUGUUAUACAAGCUGCCAUUUUGCGGUCAAUACUCCAAUACAAUCAAUACUUUGGCAUGAUAAACUUCACUUGACCGAAAAGCAAGUUACAGGCCUAAUUAUUUAGCAUUCAUUCUAACACACGUCAUUAUAUGUUCUAACACACUAGUAUCUAGGGAUAAGGGGUUAGGGGUUGAUUUGGGAAUUGGUAGAAGAUUGCCUCCAAGGACAAUUAUGCCCAGUCAGCUUAGUCUGUAUUCUGCACUGUCAACACCUAAGAGGAGUGUGCAACACGCUCAUGAAAUAUAGCAAGUAGUUAUGUGCGGGGGGUGCAUGCAAUACGUGAGAAAAUGAGAAACAUGCUUGUUUUGCCUAAUGUGUAUAUAGUUAAAAUGCAGAUUGAAAUAUGCAGACACUUUAUAGCUAACUACCAUAUCCUUGGUUUUUUGUUUUGAGGAAAUAAUAUCAAGCACUUCAGUUUGUCAUCUGUAUAUUGUUGCAGCCAGAAUCUCAAGUCAUUCCAAAAUUCCUGGAAUACAUGUCCUCAAACUAAAAACUCACUGGAGAAGUUACGAGGUCCAAGAAGUUAGAGAGACAGCAUGUAAUGGAAGGAAGACUUAAGAUUGCUAACAACCUAUUGAGAAUCAUAAGUACUGUUUAUCUGAUAUAUUAAGUAUGUUUUAUGUAACAACAGGUUGACAGAAAUAUGUGUAACAUAGGCAAAGACUUUUAAAAAGCACUUAUUUUCAUGUUUUAUUUAAUUGAAUGACAAAUCUAAAUUUUUUUCCUUCAAAGUUUUCCUUUCAUAUUCAUUUCGUUUUGUAAAAAUUGCUGGUGUGAAUAAGGAAAACAUAGCGGUAGGCAAUGGGAUUCUAUAUCAUGACUUUUAUAAUCUACCAAAAAUAAAGAUUUUAUUUGUU